AACAGUAAGCUCCCGCUCCAGCUUUCGAAAACAAAAAAGCAGGGUCGUAAAAUCCACGCUAAUACGACCACCUAAAGUAGUAGCUUCUCCGAUGUCGAGUUUCAUGCCGGCCGCCAAUCAGAACACGAAUCCCAACAAGUCCUUCGAGGUCGCCGAACCUCCAAACGACUCCAUUUCGAGCCUCAGCUUCAGCCCCAAAGCCAAUCACCUCGUCGCCACCUCCUGGGACAACCAGGUUCGAUGCUGGGAGAUACAACACAGUGGGCAAAAUCUUGCUAGCACCCCCAAGGGAAUGAUUUCACACGACCAUCCGGCUUUGUGCUCGACUUGGAAGGAUGAUGGGGCGACUGUCUUCUCUGGAGGAUGUGACAAGCAAGCUAAGAUGUGGUCCUUGGCUACUAACCAAACAAUGACUGUUGCUGUGCAUGAUGCCCCCAUUAAAGACAUGGCUUGGAUCCCUGAGUUGAACCUCCUAGUCACCGGAAGCUUGGACAAGACUGUAAAGUAUUGGGAUACGAGGCAGCAGAGCCCAGCGCACACCCAACAGCUCCCUGAACGCUGCUAUGCACUAUCAGUGAAACAGUCUCUAAUGGUUGUUGGGACGGCGGAUAGAAAUAUUAUUAUUUUUCACUUGCAGCAACCCCAGAAUGAGUUGAAGAGAAUUGUUUCACCCCUAAAGUUUCAGACAAGGUGUGUUGCUGCAUUCCCUGAUCAGCAAGGAUUCUUGGUUGGAUCUAUUGAGGGGAGGGUUGGUGUGCAUCAUCUGGAUGAGCAACUAUUAUCUAAAAACUUUACCUUCAAAUGCCACAGGGAGGGCAAUGAGAUAUACUCUGUCAACUCUCUGAACUUCCAUCCUGUCCACCACACGUUUGCUACCGCUGGCUCUGAUGGUUCUUUUAAUUUUUGGGACAAGGACAGCAAACAAAGACUCAAGGCAAUGCAAAGGUGCAGUCAGCCUAUUCCUUGCAGUACCUUUAACCACGAUGGUUCCAUAUAUGCAUAUGCGGUUUGCUACGAUUGGAGCAAGGGUGCAGAAAAUCAUAAUCCUGCGGCAGCAAAGAACCACAUUUUCCUCCAUUUGCCACAGGAAGCUGAGGUAAAAGCCAAGCCGCGAGUUUCAACUGGAAGAAAGUAAAGGCCAGUCAUGCCUGUUUUGCUACGAGCUCUUUUCGUAUAUAUUUUGGACCUUUUAGUUAUCAAUGUGUGAUCAAGGCUGAUCGAGCUGGUCCCUCGGAGUAGACAUUUUGGUAGCGGGGUCUCUUUUGUGUUAAGUAGUCAAAACCGUAUUGUUUUGCGAACUCUUAAGAUAUUAUUCUUUGUCAAGGGGACCCGUGCUUAUUAUCUUUCUGAAAUUCUGAAGUACUGAUUUACCUCUUUCUGUUGGCGUUCCAUAAAGUUCUGAAGUACUUAUGUAGUGUUUCAAUCAUUUAUGACACGGACCUUAAGGUGCGUUUAUGUGAUCAAUUUUUGAA